CCGAGAUAGAGAAAAUUUAUUUUUCUUUCUUUUGCUGUUUGAGAAAAUAUCAUUUUCUUCAAGAAAAAUUCUUCAGGUUUUACUUGCCAAAAGUUUGGAGAGUGCCGAAUAAAAAGCAGCAGAUUGUUCCUGAAACAAAUAAUGGUACUAGAAAAAGGAGUCACCAACGUUUAAUGAAUUAAGUGUGUAUGACUCGCUAACUUGGUUAAUACUAUUAAUUCAAAAAUGGCGAAAGUGACGGCUUUUUCAAAUAAUUGGCUCUGUUAUGACACUAUUCUUGGAGAAGGAGCAUAUGGAGAGGUCAAACUCUUAGUUAACAAAAAUACAGAGCAAAAAGUUGCCUGCAAAAUCAUCGAGCAUUACAAACAUAAGGACGCCAAAGAGAAAAUUAAGAAAGAAGUCAUGAUACACAAAAUGCUUGAUCACGAGAAUAUUAUUAAAUAUUUUGGUAAAAGACAUGAACCUGAAAAGGGAUAUAUAUUUUUGGAGUAUGCUUCGGGUGGAGAACUUUUCAACAUGAUAGAACCUGAUGUUGGCAUGCCUCCAGCAAAUGCUCAGUAUUUUAUGAAGCACUUACUUCGUGGUGUAAACUAUUUACAUCAAAAAGGAAUUGCACACAGAGACAUAAAACCUGAAAAUUUACUCAUAGAUGGUCGAGGAGUUUUAAAAAUUAGUGAUUUCGGAUUGGCAACUAUUUUCAUGUUAGACGGCAAGGAACGCACGCUUUGCAAACCAUGUGGAACGAAACCUUAUACAGCACCGGAAGUUAGACAAAAGUGCUAUUCUGCCAGACCAGCAGAUUUAUGGAGCUGUGGCAUCGUUCUUGUAGCUAUGUUGGCAGGCGAGUUGCCGUGGGUCGAAGCUUUAAGUACUAAUGAAGAUUUUUCACGAUGGUGUACCGACUACUGUUUAACAGCCGCUCCGUGGUCAAAGCUUGGCAACACAGCUCUGAGUUUGAUAAGACAAAUAUUAAAUCAAGACAGACAGAAAAGACUUACUUUGAAACAGAUUCUCCGACAUCCAUGGAUGAAAUUUGACUUUGGAAAUGAUGGCGACCUAAAGAUUGAAUCUGAUGGUAUCCCGAUGAAUUUUACAGCAGCCGAAACAAAUAAUUACAAUCGAGAAAUAACUGAAGCUACUAUAUCUCAACCCGUAAUGGUUACACGUUCAUCUUGUGUUGAUGAAUUGGUCAAUGAGGUUGCAUCAAACAAAAAGAAAGAUGUAUGCUUCUCGGAGCCUACAAAAAUCGAUGAUUUUAUUUUGCAGUUGACUCAAACUCCAGUAGAAAAGUCGAAUUUUCACAAUUUGGUGAAAAGGAUGACGAGAUUUUAUGUAUUGUGCAAUCGGAAGGAAGCUUUGGAUUAUCUUGGAUCGGUUUUGGAUGGUUUACGUUACUCUUGGGCUUUAGAUUGUACAGGAACGAUGACAAUUUGCACAGUAGAUUUUCGUAAAAACCCAUUAGUCUUUAAAAUGAAUUUAUUCGAUAUGGAUGGCAAAAUACUAAUGGAUUUUCGAUUAUCCAAAGGCUGCGGAAUAGAAUUUAAAAGGAAAAUUAUUAAGCUUAAAAGUUGCCUUUCAAAUAUUAUUCAAAAGUCGGAAGAACAUAGCUCCACCACAGCUUUUUCUACUCCCAGCACAACUUCAUCACUUCAAUAAAAUAGGAAUUAAAUUCAUAUAUGUAUAGUUGAGUGACUAUAUUAUGCUAAGAGUAUAACGUAUAACUUAUUAUUUAUUUUUUUAAUAGUGAAAUUAAAUUCAAAACCAUAGUUCAACCACUUUCCAUCUUAGUAUAAGAUAUCGAUUAGUUGUCAUAUACCAUAACGUAAUAUCUUUGAUAAUAUUAUAGGUAUUGUGCAUUAACGUUUUUCCAAUAUUUUUGUUGUUAGAAUUAGGUUAUAUUAGUAUCACUAAACUAAAAACAAAGAUACAGUCAUUUUUGUGUUCUGGUUUAGAUUUGAUUUGACUCAGAUAAAGAUAAGUAUAGUUAAGUAUUUGGAUUUUCAGUAACAAGGUUAAUUUUGCCAAGAGCAAAUAAAAAUAGAAUUUUCACAAUUUUUUUAUCGAUUGUGUAUUAUUUCAUUUUGAGAAAUAUAUAAAAUAACAUAGGCGCCGGCUUUCUAAAAUCUGUAUGAGUGCUUAGCCAAAGGCGGCAUAAAAUAGCUAAAGGCUUAUUUUUGGCGCCACUCCCAAUCCCUUAUUAAGGAUAUUCUUCUUUUUUUUUUUUUUUCAUUUUCCGCAUUUAUCUGUAGUAUACCUAUAACCGGUAAGUACCUGUAUGUAUACCUACCAAUAUUAGGUAUUCUACUUUUCCGCACUAGUACGGAAAAAUAAUGCGGAAAAGUGGCAAUUUCAUGAUCUAAAUGCUUGCGGACUCGAA